CAAGUCUUUAAACCUCUCAAAUUCUCAUUUUGGAGGUCGGUAAUUCAACUCCUUGCCCUAACUAUCAGACGCCCGCUGCUGCAAUUCCCGGUUCUUCUUCUUCAUCCUCUUUGAAAUCUAUGCUCCAGUUUUGGAAUAGAAGAUCAAUUUGGGAUUUUUGUGAAUUAGAUGAUGGUGAGAGCAGAGGUGGAAGCAGAUGUCCAAAGAUGGGUUGGAUUAAUCUUCAUGAAGUAUAAUGACUAUGAUGGUGCUAAGAAAAAGCUAAUUGAAGCACAAACAUCGUAUCCAGGAAUUAAAUAUGUUGAUGAGUUGAUCAAACUUGGUGACAUAGCAUGUACAGCUAAAUCUCAAGGGAGUGGAAUUGAUUGGUGCUCGGUUCUCGACAUUAACAAGAUGGCCAGUGUGUCUGACAUAGAUUUGAAGUACACGGAGCUGAUGAGAACUUCGGAACCGGUUAAGAACAAGUUUCCGGGAAUUCAAUCAGCUUUGGGGCUCAUCGAAAACGCUUAUAGCGAGUUUAAAUCUAAAAGAGCUGCAACCGUGAAUAUUGAUAGCGGAGCUACUUCACAAAAUUCUUCUGGGACUAAGAGAAUUGUCAGCGAGGAUUCAGAUAAUAACAGUCUAAUAUGCAAUACAGGGGAGCAGCCUUUGAAGAGGUUAAGAAGUUUGGGUGGGAAUGAUUGUGAAGUUAUGGGUGAGACCCAAAUACUUAAUGAACUAAUAGGAAAAAUUUGUAGCCAAGAAGCGGGGUCGGAUACUGCUAAAAGCAAGUGUAGAUUAAAUGAAAUGCAGAAUCCUCACCCGUUAUCAAUAACUGAGAAUGUUGAAAUGGAUACGGUUGCAGCAGAAUUUGGUAAUGGUGCCAGCAUUAAGCACCAAAAUUCUGGAUCUCCUCUUAUAGCUUCAGUGCCGAAUCCAGAAAUAUAUACAGUGAAUCAGUGUGCAGGGUAUGUUGCUCCCGGGGAUCAAAUUGUCAAGAAACUCAUUGCAUAUUCGCGGCGAAGACAUCUAUCACCAAAAACAUGUGAAGAAAGAAUUAGUCAGGCUGAUGGAAAAUCAAAAGAUGAAAGCACAUCUUCAGAUAAUUUGGAAAUGGACAGGUUAUCAAGAGAGAACAUAGGUGAGCUAACUGCAAAAAAUAGCUUAGAGAAAGUGGCAGAAGAGAUUGACAUUGAGAGUGAUGGUGUCAGUUUGGGUGGAUUUACGAUGGAUGUGUCUGAGUAUGGAACAGAUGAUGCAGUUAAUAAGUUGGUUGACAAAGAGAAAGUGGCUGAAGAGAUUGAUACUGAGAGUGAUUGUGUCAGGUUGGGUGGGGAUGAUUGUGAAUUGUUAGCAGAGGAUUAGUCUAGUAGGCUGGAGGGAUUGUACUUAUCCCUUGUACGGGACUAGUACCCCAUCCAGAUUCAUUGGGCGUCUCUGCACACGGAAAUGGACUAGUACCCCAUCCAGAUUCAGUUUGGGCGUCUCUGCACACGGAAAUGAUUGCAUGUUCGCACCACGUUGGAAGAUCAAACUGGAGCAUGGGGCUAUGCAAUCUCAUGUUAUGAAAAUUCAGGCGUACAUUAAAGAUACGUCUCACACAGGCGUGCAUAAUACAUGCGCCCGGACCAGGCGUACAUUAAAGAUACGUCUACACACAGGCGCUCACGAUACAUGCGCCCGAACCAGGCGGUUUUUAUAACUGCGCCCCACUGGGACGUACAUUCUAAUUACGCCUGCUGUGGGGCGUACGUAUUAUCUCCGUUUUGUCCGGCGGUGGUUAUAAAUACGCCUCACUCAUACGCUCUUUAUACAUCCGCCCUAAUUUCAUGCGUUCUUUAUACUUACGUCUGGUGUGAAGCGCUCACUAUAACCCCGUCUGAAUUCAUACGCUUAUAUUAAGCCCGUCCCAGUAUAACUGAUUUUAGUCUGGGUCGGCGACCAUUUUUGGUCUCAAACCCUAAUUAUCCGGACUAAAUAUAGCUUUAGUCCGUUCCAUUGCGGCUGAUACAGAGACCAAAUUUGGGUUUAGUCUCCAAAUUUGGUCGUGACUGUGGUUGCU